UAAUAUUAUUACGUACAUUUAUGUUAUGUUAUGUCAUUUUCUUUAUGCUACUGAGGUAUAGAUUUGUUCACAGUGUGAGUGUCAGUCGUUUGUAUCCAAAAUUGAAUCGUAGUUUUGUAAAUUCAGUAAAUAUUUCAACUUUGGUUAAUAAUUUUAUUAAUAUGAACAAUAACCCAAAGAAUCUUAAAAUUUCAGCACGAGAGGAGCAGAUGUUGAGGGCUCAGGAGUUACUGAACAGAUCAGUUUCAGAUUUUACGAAUGAUAAGUUUGGAUUUGUGCCCUUUGGAACGGAUGUUCCCAGUAGGGAAUUCAAAGAUAUUAAAGAUUUAGACAACUCCGUUAGUCAAUACGUCUGGAUCAGAGGUAGAAUACACGAACUCAGAGGCAAAGGUGGGAUAUGUUUUCUAAUAUUGAGACAGCAGAGGGAGUUGUUACAAUGUGUAAUUGACAGUAAAUCUGAAAAUAACACCAAAGACAUGGUCAAAUGGACUUCAGCAUUAUCAUUUGAAUCUGUUGUGGAUGUGUAUGGAAAAGUAGUAGUGCCAAAUACCCCAAUACUCUCAACCACCUCCUCAAAUGAACUGAGUGUGAGUAAGAUUUAUUGUAUAUCGAGAUCAUCAACGAAUUUACCGUUUCUGUUACGUGACGCCAAUAACACUGACAACGAAGAAAUGAUGGAAAAUCCCAACGUGAUACGAGUGAAUCAGGAUACAAGAUUAGAUAAUCGUGCACUUGAUCUUAGGUGUUUUGUGAAUGGUGUGAUAUUUAAGAUCCAGUCUGCGGUAUGUCAGUUGUAUAGAGAAUUUCUGUUAUCUCACGACUUUGUGGAGAUCCACACGCCGAAGUUACUGGGCGGCUCAAGUGAGGGUGGCUCUUCAGUAUUCAAGUUUAAAUACUUUGACCAAGACGCUUGUCUAGCGCAGUCACCGCAGUUAUACAAGCAAAUGGCAAUCUGCGGUGACUUGAAACGUGUGUUUGAAAUCGGGCCAGUGUUCAGAGCUGAAAAUAGUAACACACACCGGCACUUGUGCGAAUACGUCGGGCUAGACAUGGAAAUGGAAAUCCUAAACGAUUACACUGAGGUUAUUGAUCUGAUUGACCAGAUGCUCAAGAGCGUUUUCACAGGUUUAAUGGAGAGGAAUAAAGAGGAAUUGGACUACUUUUAUAAGUCAUUCCCCUCAAUCAUGAGAUUUAAGUUUCUACAAGAAACUCCUAAGAUUACUUUUCAAGAGGCCGUGGCGAUGUUACGUGAGACUGAGUUGGGUGGUGAAAUCCCUGAGGACUUGAGCGACUACGACUUCACUACGGAGCAUGAAAAACUACUUGGCAAACUCAUUAAACAAAAGCUUAAUACGGAUUAUUAUAUCAUCUAUCAAUAUCCUCUCAAUUGCCGUCCCUUUUAUACUAUGCCUUUGCGUUACGGUGACAGGUCCGCUCACACAACCAACUCCACUGUUAACCCAAAUGAACACACUGUUAACUCUGUAGAACACAAUACUAACACUACUAACUCUCUAAACUCUGUAGAAAGUGUAAACUCUGUAGAAACUUUGAACGCAGUAGACUCAGUUAGUUGGAGUCGUAGUUAUGACUUUUUUAUGAGGGGUGAGGAGAUAUUAUCUGGAGCUCAGCGAAUCCACGACAGUGUGGAGUUGGAAGCCCGUGCUAGAGCUUGUGGAAUUGAUGUGAAUACUAUAAAAGAUUACAUUGAAGUGUUUAGGUACGGUUCAUUUCCACACGCAGGGUCGGGCAUAGGUCUAGAACGAGUCGUCAUGCUGUUCCUAGGACUUACAAACAUACGCAGAACCUCAAUGUUCCCCAGAGAUCCCAAACGUCUUACUCCUUAAUUUAUUAUCUUACUUUUUA